AUGGUCCUGGAGAACCAUGUGACGGAGGAGUGGAUGGACGGAGGGAAGAAGAGCGUCUGCAUGUCUGACAAGGAGGUCCAGGGAGCUAACGCCGCAGGUGCCUUCAUGCUGCCAUACUUCAUCAUGUUGGUAUUCUGCGGCAUCCCUCUCUUCUUUCUCGAGUUAUCCUUCGGUCAGUUUGCCAGCCUCGGCUGUCUGGGUGUCUGGAAGAUUAGCCCGAUGUUCAAAGGWGUUGGUUACGGCAUGAUGGUGGUGUCCACCUACAUCGGGAUCUACUACAAUGUGGUCAUAUGCAUCGCCUUCUACUACUUCUUCAUGUCCAUGACGAACCUGCUGCCCUGGACGUACUGCAACAACCCCUGGAACACGCCGGACUGCAGCGGGGUGGUCGGCAGCGGCGCCCAGCUGAACGGCAGCCUGGUGAACGCCACYACCAGCCUAGUAGCCGGGGUGACGGAGGUGGUCAACCGCACCAAGAGGACCAGCCCCAGCGAGGAGUACUGGAAGCACUAUGUACUGAACAUCUCUGAUGACAUAGGAAACUUCGGGGAGGUCCGCCUCCCCAUCCUGGGCUGCCUGGCUGUUUCCUGGUUCGUGGUUUUCCUCUGCCUCAUCAGGGGCGUGAAGUCUUCAGGAAAGGUGGUGUAUUUCACAGCCACGUUCCCUUAUGUCGUUUUGACUAUUCUGUUCAUCCGUGGGAUCACGUUGGACGGAGCUAUAAACGGCAUUAAGUACUACCUGACUCCACAGUGGCAGAAGGUUCUUGAUGCAAAGGUGUGGGGAGACGCUGCCUCGCAGAUCUUCUACUCCCUGGGCUGUGCCUGGGGCGGCCUCAUCACRAUGGCUUCUUAUAACAAGUUCCACAACAACUGUUUCAGAGACAGCAUCAUCAUCAGCAUAACUAACUGCGCCACCAGUGUGUACGCCGGCUUCGUCAUUUUCUUCUGCCUGCUGGAGACGCUGGUGACGGCCAUCGUGGACGAGAUUGGCACAGACUGGAUAAUCAGAAACAAGACCGUGGUCACACUCUCAGUGGCCGUUGUGGGUUUCCUGCUGGGCGUCCCGCUCACCACGCAGGCAGGAAUCUAUUGGUUGUUGCUGAUGGACAACUACGCUGCCAGUUUCUCUCUGGUCAUCAUCUCCUGCAUCAUGUGUAUCUGUAUCAUGUAUAUCUAUGGUCACAGGAACUACUUCAAGGAUGUUGAGAUGAUGCUGGGCUUCCCUCCUCCUCUCUUCUUCAAAGUCUGCUGGAGAUUCAUCUCACCUGUCAUUAUCUCUUUCAUCCUGAUCUUCACGGUCAUCCAGUACAAGCCCAUCACUUACAAUGACUACGUGUAUCCCGGCUGGUCCCUGGCCAUCGGCUUCGCCAUGGCCCUGUCCUCUGUGAUUUGCAUACCCAUUUAUGGCCUGUACAAGAUUUCCAGGUCCCCAGGGGCCACCUUCAGAGAGCGGUUGAAGCACGCCUGCCAAGCGCAUCCAAAGUGGGGCCCGGCCCUGGCCGAGCACAGAACAGGCCGCUACGCCCCCACGGCCCCCGCUGACACCAUUGAGGCCCGACCCCUGAAGGAGAAGGAGAAGGAGGAGCUAAGAGAAGAGCACAAGGAGGAGGAGAAAGCGAAGGAGACGGAGAAGAAGGAUGAGAUCAGCCUCACCAUCCAGGGAAGCAACGGCUCCGCCAACACACACAACAACCCCAACCCCAGUGCAUAGACGCCGCCUCUCUCUGUCAGCGCUACUGGGCCACCGUCUCCUCCUUCUCUUCCUCCCUUCUCCUCACUUCUCCUCCAUCCUCACCCUACUUUCCCGCAGUCCUCUGUGGGGGAGAUCCCAUUCGCUGGAGACCUUUACAUAUUGUAAGGGCUUAUUAUAUCUAUCCUAACCUC